AUGGCCAAACCAGAUCCCGCCCAGAGCUUGCAAAGCCAGCCCCAGCCCCUCAGACUUGGUCAAGAAAGGACUGGCCAGUGGGCAGAGAUCCUAGUGUUGGGUUCCUGGUGCCGGAUGGUGGCUUCACAGCUCCAUUUUGCCACCUGCCAGGCUUCCAAUAGCCUUAAGGGCAAGAUCCCAUCUCAUGCAGCAGGAAGGUCAGAGCGUUCUCCUCCCGUCCCCCAUGGCUGUGGUCAGGCAGCCAAGAUUGAUUGGAAGCUGGCAGAGAAUGGCAUUGCCCACCACACUGACCAUUACAGCGGGAACGAGCUGGUGGUGCGUCGGGGGCAGCCCUUUGCCAUCUCCCUGGCCUUCGAUGGAGCCCCUCAAGAGGCAGGCACCCUGACCUUCACAGUGGACACCGGGUUGACGGAUGCUCUUCAGAGCAGGACAAGGGUGGCCUUCAGAGUCUCGAGGACCCUGGGCGGUAACUCCUGGGCUGCGGCCCAGACCUUCCCUACUCCCGGCACCAUGACCUUCUUCAUCACCAGUCCAUCGAACGCGGCUAUCGGGCGCUACCGGCUGUGCAUGCAGACCAGCUCCGGGGGCAGCCACGCCUCCUCUGCAUACCUGGGCACCUUCGUGCUCCUCUUCAACCCCUGGCUCCAAGGAGAUGAGGUCUAUAUGCCAGACAACAUAGACCUCGAGGAGUACGUCCUUUCCGAGUCCGGGGCGGUCUUCAUGGGCAGCUACUACAGCAUCUCCCGGAUGGGAUGGAACUUCGGCCAGUUUCAGGACGGCAUUCUGGACAUCUGCCUGUCCAUCCUGGACCAUAGCUUAGAAUACCGCAAUGACCCGGCCACUGACCUGCGUCACCGCAAUGACCCCAAGUACGUCGGACGGGUGCUCAGCGCCAUGAUCAACAGCAAUGACGACAAGGGUGUGUUGAUGGGAAACUGGAGUGGCAAUUACUCUGGUGGACAGAGUCCUAGCAGCUGGACAGGAAGUGCCAAGAUCCUGCAAAAAUGGAAGUCCUCUGGAUUUCAGCCAGUCCGCUAUGGGCAGUGCUGGGUCUUCGCAGGAGUGCUGACCACAGUGCUCCGGUGCCUCGGUUUCCCCGCCCGCAUGAUCACCAACUUCAACUCAGCCCACGACACCAACGAGAACUUGAGGGUGGACAUGUUCUACAGCUCAGACGGGAAAUUUCUGGAAACGACUAAUGACAGCGUCUGGAACUUCCACGUGUGGAAUGAGGCCUGGUUCACUCGGUCUGACCUGGGCGCCAAGUACAACGGCUGGCAGAUUUUGGAUGCGACUCCACAAGAACUAAGCUAUGGCAUCUACCAGUGCGGCCCGGCUUCCCAGGUGGCCAUCAAGGAGGGAGAUGUUGACCUGGGCUACGAUGGCCCCUUCAUCUUUGCCGAGGUCAAUGCUGACCAAAUUUCCUGGACCUUGGACAAAGCCAACCAGUCGGUGAAGAAGGCUGCCUCGGACACCAGGACCGUGGGCAAGUUCAUAAGCACCAAGGCUGUGGGAAGCUUUGCUCGCCAUGAUGUCACCGAUGAUUACAAGUACCCAGAAGGCACCAACGAGGAACGGGAGACCUUCCACAAGGCCCGGGCCAAGCUGAACCUUGAACCAACGGCCACCAGGCCUGCCAUGGCCAGGCCUCCAAGAGUGACCGGGAACUUUGAGGUCAAGAGCCACCUCGAGGUUGGCCAGGAUGUGGAGCUGCUCCUGCAACUGACCAACCUCGCCCCUGAGGCCACUACCCUGACGGUCAACAUGAAUGCCUGGACCAUCAUCUACACCGGGAAGGCCAUCCACGAGGUCUGGAAGGACUCCCUCGCCCUGACGCUCGGCCCCAAGGAAGAGAAAGCCUUUCCUAUCAAGAUCUCCUACGCGGCGUACCAACAGCACCUGACAACGGACAAUAUUAUCCGGGUGACAGCCUUGUGCCAGGUUAAGGAGGGAACCGACACCGUGGUGCUGCGCAACGUCUCCCUGGAGAACCCCACCAUCACCUUGAAGGUGCCGAGCCACGCAAAGGUGGGCGAAGCGCUGAAGGUCGAGAUGGUCUUCACCAACCCACUGGAAAAAGAGAUCUCCUCUUGUGUGCUCGUGGCCGAGGGGAAUGACCUGCUGGAGGAUGAGAUCAGGAAGGAGGUCCCACCAGUGAAGGCCAAAGAGACUGUCCGUGUCUCCUUCGAGGUCACCCCCAAGAAGAAGGGCACCAAGCAGCUGUUGACCGUCUUCUCCUGUGACAAAUUCACGGAUGUCAAGGCCUUCGAGCUCAUCAAGGUGGUCAACUGAUCCUGGAUGCCGGAGAGACCCCUCCCCAAAGAGAGGCUCCCCCAAAAGGGGUGGAGUA